GUCUCUAGGUUCGGAGGGCAGAGCGGUACUUUUUAUUGCCAGAUUCGUUCGUUUCGCGCAAAAACGUGUCGAAUAAGUGUAUUUUUAUCAAAAUUUGAACUGAACGGGGUAUUCUAUACCUUUACCGAAUUAUAGAAUGUUUAAUAUUAGAAAUUGUUUGAUAGCCUUAGUUGGGAUUAACAGGAAUUUGUUGACACGAUCAAUCCACGUGAAUAUCUUGUCGCUUGGACUUAAGUUUUCAGAUGUAAAUGCUCGAUAUUCAAACGCAGUUUACAAACGAUUUUACUGUGAUACUACGAUCGACGAGAAAAAUAUAACGAGUGCGGACUUAAGAAGUCAUAGACAAGAGUUGGAUAAGAAGAAGCUAGAUGAACUUUUGUCCGAUUCCGAGAAUUACAAGCGCUUUCAAAUAUUAGAAUUGGAAGUAGACGUUUUGCGACACAAUGCAGAAAGAGUGCCUAAGAAUAUUGAACCAAGAGACUGGUUGGUCCUGUUAAAUGCAAGGGUUAAAGUAAAAAGAAAAAAAUACCUUGAAUUCUUAUGGCGCAAUGAGAAAAAAGCGGAAAAUGUCAAGGUGAAAAAAGAGUUGAAGAGGGCUGAAAGGCUUGCUAAAAUUGAACAAGACUCUACCGAGGAUACUGGUGAAAUGAAAUAUGGUCUCUUGAACAAUACACUGUUUUUGCGUAUAUACGAGACAACUAUGAACCAUUUCUACAAUGGAAGAUUAAUUCAGAAUAUGAUGUUUGAACCGAACAUAGUGUUUGAUUGUGGCUAUGAGGACCACAUGACUAAACGUGAGAUACACAAUUGCAGCAAGCAGUUAUCUUUGGCAUUUGCCCAUAAUCGCACUCAUGUUAAUCCUCUGUGUUUGUAUUUUUGUAAUUUCAACAAAAAUGGAUUACUCAAGCAGUAUCUUCAUCAAAACAUGCCUAAUUUGAUGCAAGACGAUUUUCCUGCCAUUAUAACGCCACAAUCUUACUUAGAUCUAUUUCCAAAGAAUCAAUUAGUAUAUCUUACUCCACACUGUAGAACAAAUUUAAGUAAAUAUGAUCCAAAUAUGGUUUAUAUUAUAGGUGCAUUGGUAGAUAAGGGAAAUUCACAACCAUUAUCUCUGGCAAAAGCUAAAAAAGAAGGUAUUCAGAUGGCUAAAUUUCCUAUAGAUCAAUAUCUUGAGUGGGGUGCUAGCUCGUCAAAGAGUCUUACACUCAACCAGUCAAUUGACAUAAUGUUGGAUUUGAGGCACACAGGAGAUUGGAAAAAGGCAUUAGAGAAUGUGCCAGUUAGAAAAUUAAAAUCUUUUAGAGAACGUACAUUACAAAGCAAAAUGCAGAAGUCUAUAUUUUUGAAUAGACUUCAGUCUCAGGAAUCCAUAACUCAAGAUUUUACAUUUCAAAACAGGAAACAGAAUUAAUUAAUUUUGUUGUAUAUUA